GGAACUGGUAAAGAGUCCAAGCAAAACAAGAACAAAGGAAAGAACUAUAGCAAGAUAGGAAUUCUAUUGUUGAAAUGAGUGCAGAGAGCUUGAAAGAAAGAGGCAAUGAAUAUUUUAAAGAAGGUGAUUAUGGAAAUUCCAUAAAGUAUUAUUCAAUGGCUAUUCAGCAUGAUCCUAGCAAGAUUAAUUACUUCACUAAUAGGGCAAAUGCAAGAUUCAAGUUGUAUGAAAAGUUAUAUCCAGACGAUACCAAACUAUCAGGUGAAAUAUUACCACAAGAAUUUUCCAUUCCUGAAGAACAUACUUUUAUUGUUAAUAAUGUUUUGAUAUCAAAUCAGUCGUUAUUGAAUGACAUUUUAAACGAUUGUCGAAAAGCUGUUGAAAUUGAUGGCUCAAAUUAUAAAGCAAAUUAUUACUAUGGACUAGUGUUGUUUAAAAUGAAUAGAUACGAACAAUCAUAUAAAAAAAUGAUAAGAGCGUAUGAAUUGGCAUUUAAGAUCAAUUCCCCCUCAGUCAUACAAAUUUAUGAGUAUAUCAUAAAACUAAGAGUGAAAAUUAGUUUUUUAGAUUAUUGGAAUUUUUUCAGAAAAUUAUUUCCACUAUAUGAACAUUUGUAUAAUUUAUUAUUAAAUGAAUUUAAUUCAAACAUUGAAAAAGUUUCUAAAAAAUACUGCUCAAAAAUUGAACUGAAAUUUAAAACCCAACGGCUACAAACUUUAUUCAAAACAAAUUUUGAUAAAAUUCUACAGGAUCCAAAGAUGAGACAAAAGAACUCGGAUGUAAAGCUAGAUGUGAUUAAAGACGAGAUUCCAGAGUACUUGGUCGAUCCCAUAAGCUUCAACAUAUUUAGUGAUCCUGUUAUCACACCCUCUGGCAAGUCCUAUGAAAAAUCUUGGUUGUACAAAUAUCUUCAUCGCAACUCAAUGGAUCCACUAACAAGAAAACCCUUGCGCAUUGAAGACUUGUAUCCAAACUUGGAUUUGAAGUGGGCCGCUGAGAGUUAUAUCAAGGAGCACCGACAAAUUGAGUAAAAACUCUCUUUGCUAAGGUAAUUACAUAUAAUAGUGUUACGUAAAAUUAAAAUAGAAAAUAAACACCUUUCAGAUUUCCA